ACUCGAUACAUUGUGUUCUAAAAAUCGUGGAAAAUUAAUACAAGAAACGUCUACAUCAGUGAUAAGAUUCAAACAAUAACAAAGAGCUUUCUAAAAGAUGUCAAUUAACUGACUGCGACACUGAUUGAAAACAAAGAAAUCAUGUUAAAAAUAAUAAACUUUUUAUGUCUUUCUACACUCGUACUUAUACCAUUAGAGGCGAAGAAUGUGCAAGUCGAUGAGUUAACCAAGGGCUGGACCUUGAGGGACGGAGACUCCACGAUGCAAUUCAGUGUGGCAAAAAUACCUUCCGGCGUUUAUACAGCUGUUAAGGAUAAAUACGGAGAUCUGCUUGCACCGGACAACGAUGUUAAGCUUCGUUGGAUUGCGAACAAGACUUGGAUCUACAGCAGAAAAUUUGAAACGGCCAAUGAAUUAGGUCAAGACAGUUUGGUCAAUCUGACAUUCCAUGGCAUUGAUACAGUGGCCAAGAUCUGGUUAAAUGGCGAGCUUCUGGGCGAAACAGACAACAUGUUCAUCCGUUACUCCUAUUCCGUGGGUCAUUUACUGAACUUUAGUCCCAAUCAAAAUAAUCUAGAGAUCGAGAUACUCUCUCCGCUGGUGGAGGCAAAUGCACGUGUCCAGGAACUGGAGCAAAAGGGCAAUAGUGCUCCACCCAGCUGUCCGGAAUCUCGUGGUGAUGUUGAAUGCCAUCGUAACAUGUUGCGCAAGAUGCAAAUGAGUUUUGGUGGCGCGUGGAAUCCUGCAGCCCUGUCAUCCGGCAUCUGGAAACCGGUUACCAUUGAGUACUAUACAGUCGCAAUAUUACGAGAUGUGGAUGUGGCCAUCAAACGCACCGAUACCCACUGGAUAAUGGACUGUCGUGCUAUUCUAAAUACGCCUGAUUCCGAAAAAUUCUAUGUGCAACUUUUCGUGUAUGCCAGCCAGCUAUUGGAUGAACCAUUUAUCAUAGAAGAGAAGCAGCUAAGCUAUGCUUCACCCACUCUGGAGUUUCAGAUUCAUAUACCAAAAGAGAAAGUCAAGCUCUGGUGGCCGAAUGGCUAUGGCACACAGCAGCUCUAUCCAGUAAUGUUCAGCAUAAAAACCUAUCGCAGCAGUGGGGAGCCCAGGCUAAGCUCACGAACUGAUUCGCAAAAGCUGCUGCAUAUUGGAUUUCGUACCAUCGAGUUGGUGGAGGAUAAAGAUGCAAGGGGACGAACCUUUUAUUUCCGCGUUAACGGUCAUCCCAUCUUUAUGAAGGGUGUGAACUAUGUGCCGGCGCAGACGUUACCUGAGUUAUCGGCCGAAACGGAAACAUUGAAACACCUUUUGAAUUCGGCCCAUGAUGCAAAUAUGAAUAUGAUUCGAGUCUGGGGCGGUGGCCUCUAUGAGUCGGACAGCUUCUACAGCCUGGCUGAUACCUAUGGGCUAUUGGUAUGGCAGGACAUGACCUUUACAAAGGCAACCUAUCCCAUCGAUGGUGAACUCAUGGCUUCUAUGCGUCAAGAGACAGUGCAAAACGCCCAACGACUCGCCUACCAUGCUAGCCUAGCCCUGAUUGUGACCAACAAUGAGAUCGAAUUAUAUUUGGUGAAAAAUCGAUCGGACUUUGGCGCGGAAGCGAAGCGACUGGAGGACGAAUACAAGCUGCUCUUCGUGGGAAAUUUGUGUGCUGAACUAGACAUUAUCUCCCGGAACGAUUUUAAUCCGCGACCAGGUCCCAUGAUUUCCACGCCUUCGCUGGGCAUAAUAGAGCCUGGCAAAGAACUAGCCAAGGAUCCGCAGAGUCCAGACUAUGGCGAUGUUCAUAUCUAUGAGGAUGAAAGAGAUGCGCUCGCGCAGAAUAUUUAUCCACAGGCUCGCUUCGUCACUGAAUUCGGUUAUGCGAGUCUGCCGAUGCGCUCAUCCUGGCAACGCGUCCUUGGCGAGGAUAAGAGUGAUGCAAGCCUGGCGGCUUUAAUACGCCAGCGUCAGCAUGAUCCCAAAGGCUUUAUACCGCUAUUGCAGCAAAUAGCUUACCAGCUUCCAUUUACACUGCAAAACUGGGAGGACAACAUCGACGAAUUUAUCUACUUUAGUCAGGUGUCACAGGCCCUUACCACCAAGUUGGCAAUAGAUGUGUUUCGGAGCAGGCGUGGCGAUUAUCAGACAAUGGGAGCUCUUAUCUGGCAAUUGAACGAUGUUUGGUUGGCGCCCACCUGGUCAUGCAUUGAUUUCUUUGGCAACUACAAGAUGGUCUACUACUGGGCCAAAGAUUUCCUGGCGGCCACCAAUAUCAUUGCACUAUAUAACGAUGAACGAGAUCAGCUGAAUAUAACUAUUACGCGUGAAGACUACAUGGAAAGUCCCGAUGUGAAACUGUAUAAUAUUUUCAUUAAUACAUUUCUCUGGAAGGAUAUAUUUUCCAAAAAGGCCAUCGCUCGAGCCAUUGGUCUGCGCUCAAGUUCGAUAGAUCAGCUGGUCAUACCUCUGGAGUCUGUACUAUACGAACACCAUUCCAAGGAGGAAAUUUUCUUGGAAAUUCUAUUAAAGGAUGAGGAGGAUCGGGUAGUGGCAAAGAACUUUUUCUACCCGGUACCCAUUAAGGAUAUUAUUGGCAUAAAAGAUCCGAAACUGAAUAUCGAUGUUAUCGAUGUUGAAUGCAGCAACACGAACUCGCACUACACAAACAAGUUUACUUUGCGUAUUACGAUUAAAUACCCAGCGCUGUUCGUUUACUUGGAGCUGACUGAUCCUGAAUAUGCAAAUCAAAUGCACACUUUCUCCAUGAAUGGGUUUACGCAGACGGUGCCGCUGCAAAAUAUCUACCUGGAGAUAAAAAAUGAUUUGUCUUGCAUAACACUCAAUUCUGAGCACAUCAGUGUAAAGACUAUGAAUCAAUAUAUGCUUUGAGUAUUAUAUUGCCUAAAAUAUAUAUUUAAAUAAUACACUUUAAAAUAAACAUAUUACUCAGGCAAUAUUAGAAAAUGAUUUUGAACUCUUAUUCAUGAAUUUGAUCCAAAAUGCAAUGCCUAAAUUUACCCCAAGAAGCUUCUCAAUCUUUGUGCUCAAAUCCCAAUCUAUAGAUAGCGAUGAUUCUGAAUAUAAAAUGUGUAGCGAUUGUAUUUUGGGACACAACAAACCAAGAUAUAGGUUAUCUAA